CCUGUAUUUAUGAUUGUCUCGCCAAGUCGCUCUCAGUUUACUCUUCUGUUCCUCUCUACUCUUUUUCCAUAAUUUCAAUGCUCUCUCUGCAUCUCUCUUCACUUUCCUUGCACAGUGUUUGGAAUCGUGGAAUUUCAUGGCAAUUGGAUUUUAAAAAGAAUUUAAUGAUGGGAUUUUUUUUCUCUACUUUCAUUAUCGGCUCAUUUUUAAAAGCUUUUGAGCACUCUCUCUCUCAUGUGUUGCUUCGAAUUAUUAUCUUCUUGUAUUCACGCACGAACGGCUCAAUCAAUACUUGGAGUCUUGUGAUUUUGUAAAUUUAGGGUUUGUGCACUUUGUAAUUGUAUCUUGUGUUACCGUUAGUGUUACAUUUUGUAAUUGUCAGCUCAGUUUUGAGAUAUAUAUAUAUAUAUAUAUAUGUUGUCUCAGGUGUGAUAUACGAUCAGCUUCCAACACUCGUGUUUGCACUACAGCGAAUUUAUUUGAUUUUGGAGUUGUCUUCCCGAGGGUGUCUGCUGCUCACAUUUUGGAUUUUGCAUCUACACCAUUUAUUUAUUUAUUUAUUUUUUGGUUUGUUGCAGAAUAUUACAUAUCUUGUUUUGACUUCUCUCAAUUUUGUGGUGGAGCUUGGAUCUGUGUUAAUUACGGCAAACUAAACCACAUAUUUAACUAAUUUAUUUAUUUUACUUGUUGACAUUUUUGGUGUCUAUUGUGUAUGCGUGUCCGCGGGUCUGGUUGGUUCUGGAUUACUUUUAGAAUUUUGAAGUCAGUGAUAUGCCAAGAAAAUGGUUCCUUUUUUUAAUUUUUUUUUAUUUUAUGGAAUGGGUUUUAUGCUGCUUUGGGGGGUCAAUCAUUAGCUUGGUUAAAGUGAUAAUGACUUGUUGAAUUGCUCUUUGAAAUAAAUUAAAUCAUGCCAUCAUUAAAUACUUUUUUUUCUUCUCAUUUAUAGCUUUUUUCCGGUUUAGAUGUCUUUUGGAAUUUUAGAAGGGACUUCUAUUCUUUUUCCUAGUGUCUAAUUUUCCCCAAUUUAUGCAUUCAACUGAUAAUUCUACUAAUUACUGAUUGAAUAAUUAAUUCAACUGGUAUGUAAUUUGGUACACAUCUCUAUUAAAUUAUGGGUGUUUCUGUUACAUGUCACAAAGAAAGUUCCCCGAAUUUAAUUAUUAUUGGCUUAGUGUUGGUAAUUAUUUAAAUUUGUUUUGGCUUUAGUAAAUUACUCACUUUUUGGUUGAAUUUAAGACAUGAAGCCUUAUUUUUUAUUUAUUUAUUUAUUUAUUUUUUUAUCUCUGCAUUUCAUAUUUGUUUCUCCAUUUCUUUUCAGGAUAUUGCAUUUCUGUUUGUAUGAUUCUCAGCUGUUGGUUUGAAAUUGGGGUGGACCAGAGUAAUCGGGAUGAGUCACAUGACAAGUGACAGUGAAGAUGAGGUGUUCUCCAAGGAUCAAACUGGUUCACCUUUAAUUGAUGAAGGUAACACUACGAGCGGAGGAGUUGUUGUGAAGAAAGGGCCGUGGACAUCUGCAGAAGAUGCAAUUCUGAUGGACUAUGUCAAGAAGCAUGGAGAGGGGAAAUGGAAUGCUAUUCGGAAGCAUUCAGGACUGUUCCGUUGUGGGAAAAGCUGCCGCCUUCGAUGGGCGAAUCACCUGAGACCAAACUUAAAGAAGGGGGCAUUCACUGCGGAGGAAGAACGGUUGAUCAUUGAACUCCAUGCAAAGAUGGGAAAUAAAUGGGCACGAAUGGCUGCACAUCUGCCUGGACGGACGGAUAAUGAGAUAAAGAACUAUUGGAAUACUCGAAUCAAGAGGCGUCAACGUGCUGGAUUACCUCUUUAUCCUCCUGAAGUGUGCUUGCAAGCAUUGCAAGAGAAUCAAAAUGCUAGUGAAAAUAAAGCACACAAUGUUCUCUUGCAAACUUGUGAUUAUGAGAUUCCUGAUGUCACAUUUGUGUCAUGUGACAGUUUAAAGUCUAAUCAGGGAGUUUUUCCAUAUAUCCUAGAACAUCCUGAUGUUUCAGCUAGUAGCAUGCUGAUGAAAGGUUUUUGUUCUUCACAAUAUUAUUGUUUUUUGUCCCCAAACGCUCAUCGCCAUAAGAUUCUUCGAGAAUCAGCAGCUUCAUUUUCUGAGUAUGAUGGUAGUGUCAGAAACGAUCCCCCACCAUUUCACCAAACUCAGGAUGAUGGUUCUUAUAAUAAAAUUUCUCAAUCCUUUGCUUCCUCUUUUCCAUAUGAUCCUCACCCUAUCAUCAAGAACAUCUUGCCUUUUGGUGUAAACCAGGGCAACCAUUCCCUUUUGAAUGGAAAUUUCUCUGCUUCUAAGCCCGCUUCCAGAGCUGUGAAGUUUGAGCUCCCUUCACUCCAAUAUCCAGAAACUGAGUUAGGUGGCUGGGAUUCAUCUUGUCCCCCACCUUUACUUGAAUCAGUGGACUUCAUUCGGUCUCACCCACCAUCUGGGGCAUUCCACUAUGAUUCUCUAUCACCACAGAACAGUGGCCUAUUAGAUGCUUUACUUCACGAGGCAAAGACUCUUUGCAAUUCAAAGAAUCAAUUGUCAGACAAGAGUUCAAAUUCUGGUACUGUCACUCGAGGCGAUAUAUCAGACAGUUCUGCCCUAAAUACGUGCAAGAUAAAAUGGGAACACUUUGGUGACCCCAUAUCGCCACUGGGUAACUCUGCAGCUUCAAUUUUCAGUGAGUGCACUCCUGUAAGUGCCAGUGGAAGUUCGAUGGAGGAAAAGCAACCUGCUAAAAUCUUUCAUGGAAGCGAUGUAAAGCCCGAAUCUGUUGACCAGCCUUGGACACUGGAUGGAGUGAAAAAAGAAACUUCUACUCAAUGGGAUUUUUCCAAGCCUGAUGCUAUACUUGGUUCAUGUUGGCUCGAGCGAAGUGUUGUAUGCGCUGCCAAGGAUCAAAGCAUCAGGAUUGAUGCCAUAGCGGCACUUCUUGGUGAUGAUUUAGCUAAUGACUACAAGAACUUGGCUGCUGGAACGACGUCGAGUCUAGGAUGGGGUUCAUAUGCCUCGGAAUAACGUGCCUGCUGCCUGGGGAAUGUCUGUACUUCCUUAAGCAUGCCUCGUCAAAUAAGUCACGACAUCCUUAGAACCCUACUUGUGUUUUUUGUUUAAAAUUUGUUGUCUGAAGUUCAUCUAUGGUGAGAGUUGUGCUAUAUUUUGUUGCUUUGCGGAUAGGUGCUGUGCAAUGUAUGCAAGCAUAAUACUUCAUGAGGUAUACAAAAGCAUCCAUACUUUUGUUAUAAUUGUAGAAUAAGUAUGCCAUUUUGAUGCGGUCACUUGUUGAUUUAAUUGUUUUUGGUUAUUUGAAGAA